GUAGGCCAAAAUAGACAAAGACUCAAGUUUAAUAUCGGGUAAUGUCUAAACCGACCCGGAUCCACUAUCAUUCUUAGCUGCCCUAAAAGCUAAAACCCUCCAACAUACCUCCCAUUGUCUUCCGCCUGCUCGAAGCUUGCAAGAUUCUGUUGGUGAUUCUAGUAUCAUAUCACCAUGAGAAUAGAAACUUGCUGGUUUUGUUCUUCUAAGAUAUAUCCUGGUCAUGGAAUUCAAUUUGUACGCAAUGAUGCUAAGAUUUUUAGAUUUUGCAGAUCCAAAUGUCACAAGAACUUCAAAAUGAAGAGGAAUCCUCGAAAGGUCAAAUGGACCAAGGCCUAUCGCAAAUUGCAUGGAAAGGAUAUGACGCAGGACUCUACCUUUGAGUUUGAGAGAAAGCGUAAUAGGCCAGAGAGAUAUGACAGGAGUCUUGCCGAGAAUACAUUGAAGGCAAUCAAGACAAUUGACAAGGUCAGACAUACCAGAAGCAUGCGUCAUAUUGAGAAGAGGUUGAAGCCAAACAAACGCCAAGAGAACGAACGAGCACGAAAAGAGCUGAAUAUGAGCAUCGACUUGAUCAAGGCUCCCAGUGUCCAAAAACUAGAACCGUCUCUCACAUUACCAAAGAUCAAAGUCAAGACUUCAGAGCCACAGGAAGACAAUCGCGCUAUGGAAGAGUAAAUUUGCAACCAGAUGUCUGGAUAUAGUCAUUUACUUUAUGUGCUUCUUUUUUGUAGUAAUCUUUAACCGUUUUGUCGAAUUAGCCCGUCUUACUGUAACGAUUGAAUGCUUUCAUUUUGUUCCAUUAAUAGAUUUAUGUGGCAUUUGCCCCAUGUUGAUUAUAUAGAACAAUUAAGCUUCCAUGGAAAUGAUCCUAGUUGUUGGCUUACUUGUAGCCUUGUAGGUUCACCCAAACACCUUACGGGGUCUUCCGAAUUGAUCAUAAUGAUUUGACAUGGAA